CAGUUAUUUAUUAUUCAACCGACAAUUCUAUUCAUCAGAGUUAAAAUGUUCUCCCGGGCUCUCUGCCUUUUCGCCUUGGUGGCCAUUGCCGCCUCGGGCCCCACCCACCCUAGGAACGUCACCCUGGUUCCAAAACAGACCAAUAAGCAAAUCUAUAUCCAUUGGAUGCCCUGGUUUGAGAAUAGGCAGACAAAUACCAAUGGACAAUGGGGAAUUCACUGGACCAUGGCCAACAGAAAUCCCGACAACAUCAUCGGCCCAGACAACCAGCGCGAAAUCGCUGCCCACUACUACCCCGAAAUCCACCCGUACGGUUCCGCCGAUCCAAUCACCCUCGAUUACCAGAUCCAAUCCAUGAAAAUGGCUGGAGUCGAUGGGAUCUUGAUCGACUGGCCGGGAACCGUCCAGGCCAACGAUUUGCCCAAAAACCACGAGAACUGCAUGGCCAUGAUCAACCGACUUGAAGGGAGCGGUCUCCAAUUCGGUGUCGUCUAUGAGGACAGGAAUCUCGAAAAUACCGGCGACCGAAUCGGCCAGGCCAGGCGUGACAUGGAAUUCGCCCGGGACAACUUUUUCAGUCGGGGAAAUUACAUACGAUACAAUAUAAACGCCCCACUUAUGCUCGUCUUUGGCCCAAUUAUUCUCCAAUCGCCGAGCGAAUGGGACCAAGUCUUUUCCGUACUUCCACAGAAACCUACCUUCUUAACGUUGUGGUAUGAAAGUCAGGACGCUGGGGCAAACGCUCAAGGUGAAUACGCCUGGAUCUACUCCGACUUCAUGGACGGCCUCAACAACUUUUACGACAACCGACCCCUCCCCGUCAAGAUGGGCGUUGCCUAUCCAGGUUUCUAUGACUACUACCGUGAAGGCGGGUGGGGCGAUUCCUACUUCUUCAUUGCUCACGAGGGGCUAACCACCUUCCAACGCACCCUUAACCGCGCCCUCCAAUCCGACGUGCCCAUGAUUCAAGUCGGAACGUGGAACGAUUACGGUGAGGGCACCAUGAUCGAGCCUACCCGGGAGUUUGGAAACGGUUUCCUCAACAUUUUGGCCAACACCUUGGGCGUUCCCGUUGGCGACAAGGAAUUCAAUUUGGUUAAGGAGCUUUUCUUCAGGAGGAAGGAUGCCGAGGCCAAGAAGGACUUUGCCUUGACGCAGAAACUCGAAGAGGUUAAUGAACUCAUUAACUCGGUACAGUACGAGAGGGCCGCGGAACUUCUGAGAGCCAUCUAAAUUAUUAAUUGUAAAAAAUUAUGAAAAAAAUUGAAAUAAAAUUGGAAACGUUUGCAAUAUUAUGCAAUCUAAAUCGCAAAUAAAUACUCCAGUCUAACGUAA